AGUGGGUUCGUACGAGGAUAAGGAAUGGACUUCUCCAUCCGGACAUCCCACACUAAUACCAAAAACAUAGGUUUUCGUAUCAUACCUUUGUUAUGACGGAAAUAUAUAUUGACGCAAUCCAACACGAACAUCCCACUGAACAUCUGUGUUUUGUUGUCUUUCAACGUGUUUGUGCUAGCAACUUCCACAAUGAUGCGCCCAAAAUCCGUCAUCUGCCCUGUUCAGACAGGAUGGGUAAGAUCAAGUUGCCCACUGAACCCGCAUCUGCAUCGCACCUCUUUACAUAAAGGCCGGUCAAGCCAGUCAAUCUUCUACCCACGACGUGGAGCAUUUUCAACAUCGGCUACUUUGUCUCUUAAGCAGCAGUUUCCUCCUGCAACAUCCAAUCGGAUCAAAGACACAGCUAUUGUUUGGAAACACCCAAUCUACACAGAGGAAGAAAUUCAGGCGGUUACAGUGGCGCACCGUGAAACUAAAUGUCGUUCUGACAAGUUUGCCCUGGGGUUGGUACGCCUCCUUCGCUGGUGCACAGAUCGUGCUACUGGAUAUCGAAACCCUGAAGGAGACAAGAAGAUUGCCGACAACUUCGUCAUGACAGAGAAGAAAUGGCUUAUCCGAUUCAUUUUUCUGGAAUCGGUUGCCGGUGUCCCUGGUAUGGUGGGCGGCAUGCUUCGACAUUUGAAAAGUAUUAGGCAAAUGAAAAGAGACCAAGGAUGGAUUGAAUCGCUGAUUGAGGAAGCCUACAACGAGCGCAUGCAUCUUUUGACAUUCAUGAAGUUGGCCGACCCAGGAAUUUUCAUGCGCUUGAUGGUCUUGGCUGCUCAGGGUGUCUUCUUUAAUGCGUUCUUUGUUUCCUACCUAAUUUCACCACGUACCUGUCACCGGUUCGUUGGUUACUUAGAGGAAGAAGCUGUUAUUACCUACACCCAUGCAAUCCAUGAGCUCCAAGCCAGAAAGUUGCCAAGUUGGGACAACUUACCUGCGCCAGACCUUGCAGUCAAAUACUGGAAAAUGCCGGAGGGGAAACAGAAGAUGCUAGAUCUGUUACUCUAUGUUCGGGCAGAUGAAGCAAAACACCGUGAGGUAAACCACACAUUAGGUAAUUUGGACCAGCAGACGGAUCCAAAUCCGUACACAGCGCUGUAUCACGACGGCAAAGGUGCUAUCCCUUCGUCUUCACCUGAUGCACGAAAGCCCGUGGGAUGGGAACGAGAGGAAGUUAUUUAG